AUGUUCCCGACAACAACAAGCGCGGAAGAGGCCGCGGCUGCGACGGCGGGUGCGACGGCUGCCGAGGCCAAGUCGGGCCGGGUACUCGGACUGUACAUGGUGAUCGGACUGUUUCCGGUGGUGCUGUCGGCGUAUGCGACGGUGCAGUAUCUGCUGACAUGCGUGGAGGAGCAGGUGGCCCUGGAAGCCAUGACACACAAGCUUCCGGAUCUGAUUGCGGCCGCCAUCCCGGUCUUUGUUGUGUGUGUGGCCUCUGAGGCGGUGGCCGACGCUUGGGCUGGAACCGGGUACUACCGGCUCAACGAUGCGAUCUCGUCGCUCUCGGCUGGGAUGACCCAGCAAGCGACGGGAGCGUUGAUCAAAGCCGCAGGGAUUUUCCCCUACGCCUGGGUCCAUACCAACAUGCGGCUGAUUGAGGUAGACGCGAGCUCGUGGCUGGUCGGCCUCGGCGUGUUUCUUGCUGUUGAGCAUGGGUACUACUGCAUGCAUCGGUUUGCCCACGAGUGGAACCUCGGGUGGGCCGGGCAUGUUGUGCAUCACUCGUCAGAGGAGUACAAUCUGACGACUGCGCUCCGACAGGGCGUGCUGCAGCCGUUCUUCUCGUGGAUGUUCUACGUGCCGUACGCGCUCAUCUUCCCGCUCGAGCUCUACGUCCUGCACAACCAGAUCAACACGCUGUACCAGUUUUGGAUCCACACGCGGUUCAUCACCCGCCUCCCCUGGCCGUUGGAGCUUGUCUUCAACACGCCGUCGCACCAUCGGGUCCACCACGGCCGCAACGAGCAGUACAUUGACAAGAACUACGGCGGAACACUCAUCAUCUUUGACCGGCUCUAUGGCACGUUUGAGCCCGAGGACGAGGACGUGAUCUACGGCAUCACGCACUCGCUGGAGACGUGGAACCCGGUGUACAUCCAGAGCCAUCACUUGAUCGAGACGGUGGCGACCGCGGUGGCGUCGACAACGGUGGCGGCCAAGGUGCGGACGUUCCUGGACUACGGCCCGGGCUACAACUACCGGCUCGCCAACCACGAGGCGUUGCAGUCUGCCAGCGCGUGUGCAGAGCCCAAGCGAGCUGGUCCGCCGACGCCUCGGAUCCGGCACGACGCGGGGCCGGCGUCGGGUGCACUCGCGGUCUACUGCGGCCUCUCGGUGACAAUGGCCAUUCUCGAGAUCGCUGACCAACUCAAGCUCCAGAGCCGGCUUUCGCUGCUCGACUCUUCACUCUACGGCGCAUACGUCAUCUUCCAUGUCACGGCCGUCUCGCUCAUUCUCGACGGCUCGGUGUGGGCGUGGCUGGUGGUCCCGCUCCGCUGGAUCGCUUAUGCAGCGCUCGCCGCUAACACUGCGAUGCCUCAGGUUGAAGCUGCGUUUGGCGGAUCGUUUGCGCUCUUUGCGCUCUCGCCGACAACGGCAUGGGUAGUGGCGGCCGUUGGUGCGUGCGCGUUCCUUGCAGCUGCGGCUACCGCACCGCGCGCGCCGCCGCCGGGCAAAGUCAAGGCCGGAUGACGAGUGUCCCACGAGUACAGCAUAGCACACACAGGAUGCGUG